AUGGCCGUUACAACAAAACCAUGCAAACCCUCUCAAAAAACAGUUCUUAAGCAAAUCCUAAAAAGAUGUUCAAGCUUAACCAAGAAAAACGGCUAUGAUCAAGAUGAAGAUGAUAUUCAAGAUCUUCCACUUGAUGUACCAAAAGGUCAUUUCGCAGUUUAUGUGGGAGAAAACAGAAGCAGAUACAUUGUACCAAUCUCAUUCCUAACUCACCCUCAGUUUCAAUCUCUCCUUCGACAAGCCGAAGAAGAAUUCGGCUUCGAUCAUCACACCGGUCUCACAAUUCCUUGCCACGAACUUGUUUUUCGCUCCCUAACAUCAAUCAUGCUCAGAUCAUAA